GAGAGGCAGAGGGAGAGAGAGAAACAGAAACAACAGAAAGAGAAGAGCAGGAGGGGGGAGACAGAGAGAAGCUGCAGCCCGACACAAGAUGGCUACGGUUUCCUCCAGCUCGAAUACUGGAGAGUCACCCUGUUUGCUGAAAAGGCAUGUCCUACUGCUGGGUUACCGAGGCUCUGGCAAGACCUCAUCAUGCAUGACUCUCAGUGGCCAAGAGGAGGUUUCUGCCGGGCAGCCCACAAAAGAAGCCUUUCUUUGCACAAAGACACUUGACGGCAUGCAGCUUCUGCUGGUGGACACUCCGGGAUGGAGCUUGGAGAGUGCGGACUUAGUAGCAGAGAGGCUAGAUGGACAGAGCCCCACAUCUGCUCACAUCAGACACCUGUGCUAUCCAGGUGUCCAUGCUUUGCUGCUGGUGGUGCCCAUCGGAGAGCCCUUCACUGAACAGCACAGACGAGGCAUGCUGGAGCGGCUCGAAAGUGCUGGGAUGCAUGUAUGGAGAUACUCCAUUGUACUGUUUACCGGGGCAGAUCGGUUGUGGGGCAAUGGUGUGGAAGAGUUUAUUGCAGAAGGAGGAGCAGCGCUUCAGAGGCUGGUGGAAAGGUGUGGAAACAGGUACCACGCUCUGGAUAACACCUGCUCUGAGACCAGCAUACAGGUUAGUGAACUUCUGCAAAAGCUGGAAGAGAUGGUACAGGAGAACGAUGGCUCAUUCUUUGUGAUAAAUGACAGCAUUCAAGCUCCCUGGCCUGCACACAUCCAGCAAGGACAGGAGAUAGAUGGGAUGAUGGGGGAUGCAGAGGUGUCACCAAUAUUUAGAUCACCACCACGAGAGUUGCGGAUGUUGUUAGUGGGUUGGCAAGGUGCUGGUAAGAGUUCAGCAGGAAAUGUGAUCUUGGGUGGACGCAAGUUUGAGUCAGGCCGAAGAACAGAAGUCUCCCUACGUUGUCAGGCUUACGUCAGUGGCCGCCGCCUCACGAUCGUGGACACACCAGGCUGGGACUGGUUUUCCAUCGCCCGGACACCGGCUCAUAUUAGAAAGGAAAUCAAACGAGGCGCAGGGCUACUUCACCCAGGCCCACAUGCCCUCCUAUUGGUUAUUCCUGUUAUCUCCACCCUCACCUCCAGAAAGAGACGGGCUCUGGAGAACCAUCUGGAGAUGUUUGGCAAGGAGGUGUCUCUUCACACGUUAGUGCUGUUCUCCUGCGGUGACUGGCUUGGUGCAACACCAAUCGAGGAGCAGAUCCAAAGGAAUGGUGGGCAGCUGCUAAGUCUGAUGGCAUACUGCUUCAACUACUAUCAUGUGCUAGACAGCACCAGUGCUGCUAGAGGCCAAGAUCAAGUCUCUGAUCUUCUGCUAAAGGUGGAGGAAAUGGUGGCACAAAAUGAAGGGAGGCCAUUUCUACCUGUGAAGUUGAAUGAAGAACAGGAGGAUGAGGCAACAUGUGGGAAAUGCACUCUCCAGUGAGAAAACAAAUUAACGUUCUCCUCAGAACACAAUUACACAUGAUCAGUGAAGGUGAUGAACUGUGCUGCAGUUUCAUUUGUAGAAUAAUUUUACAUUUAACAACAUGGUUUUGCAUGGCUAUGUAAUACUGUUGCAGCCAUAUCUUUACUGCAAAUAAGCUGAAGAGGGAAAGUGUAAAGAUAAGAACUUAAAAACUGUGCAGAGAAGUUACCCAAAUAACUCUUAAGUGUUUAUGAAGACACUUGAAUUGAAAUGCACUUGGGCACUGCUCACAUGAACUUUGUAAAAAGGUAGUUUUGUACGCUGUUAAUUAUAAUCCAUUUGAAAUACUUUAUUUUUCUGCAUCACAUACAGAUCUGUAGAAUCUUCUUAGGAUGCAUGGUUAUGGCAGUUUAUGCUUAAAAUUUUACAUCAUUACCACUGUGUCAUACAGUAUUUGAAAGUGCUUUUUUUGUGAAGUCUUUAUAACAAUUUUGCACACUUUGUAUGUUCUGUCUGAAAUGUAACCGUAAUCACUAAAGUCAUGUAAAGGCCCAUGUCAGCUCAACAUCUAAAUGAACAUCUUUGCUGUUUUCAGCAUUUUGGAUCUGUAUUUAGAUUUAAUGAUCAGGGAGUAGCACAUUUGUUCCUAAUAUGCUACUGUCCUACAUAUACACAGCUUAGCCAGCUUUAAAGGAAAAUGCAUGUAUUUAGAGCACUUAGUGUCAUAUUUGCUGCUGCACAUUUUGCACCUGAUAUUUUCAAUGGAAUAAAGUUUGAAUUUUAAA